CUGACCAGAAGAGCUGAGAGAACUUCAUCCACACCUUCACUGAAGUCCUGAAAGAUCACGGGAGGAAAUGGAUUCCCAAAUUGCAAAGACCACUCAAAGUCUCACCAAAGCUGAAGACAUGAGAAACCAAACUCAGCUCAUCAUGCAGCCCUACGCCAACUGGGAGGAAUACCUGACUCCUGCACCACUCUCUAUAGCCAUACUGGGAGAACUGGUCUUCAUCUCCUCCAAAACAGAUUUCUCUAUAAAUAAAAACCCACCAAAGGACGGCUACAAGCACAUCAGAUACCCAGAUUCAUUCCGCGCCUGUCUCAUGCAGGUGUGUAACUCUGGCUGGUGUGCUUUUAAUGAAGCCCACAAGAACAUGGAUCAGAUUCGGCUCCACACCAUGAACGUCCCGAACUACAUGAAGACCGCUGUGAAGAUUCUGUUCCAGGGAAAUGAUGAAGUUGUUCAAGCUCAUCUUCCUGACCAGCUGGAGAACAUUCGUGUCAUUGCAGAUGACUGUCUUAAACUGUCUGCAUCAACAGAGAAGCGUUUCACUGAUGUUAUCAAUAUUAUCCAGGAGCUGCUGGAAGCCUGUGUAAAUGCAGAGCACUUUUAUGGAGAAGAGCUGGAAGAAAUCAAGAAAAAACUGGAGGAAAACAAAAUAAAAAAAAAAUCAUCAGAAGAAGCUGUUAAACGCUCUGAGAAGAUAGCUAAAGCCAUGGAGGAGGAAAUGAAGGAAGCACAAGAGAGCUACAAAGCAGCAAUGGAUUCUCUACCCAGUGGAUGGGACAUGGUGGCUAUGGAUCUUGUUGCAGCUUUCACUGAAAGUAUGUCAACUGCAGUGACAGGAAUGACAUCUUUAGAGUCUCAGCCCAUGAUAAAAACAAAAACUACUCCAGACACAUGCAGUGAUACACAAGGUAACAUCACAUCUGCAGAUGAAGUGGAUAAAAUAAACAUCUUUUGCAAGUCUGCAGAAAUCCUGGCCUGUGCUGAGAUAUUUCAGAAGUUUGUGCAUGACUCCACCAUUGACUGGAAGAUUCUGUAUGAUCAGAAGAAGAAAACUCCCAAUACAGAUUAUUUGAAGGGGCAGUUCACAAGAAUCAACAGCAAUUUAGAAAAAAUCCCAGAAUGUACACCAAAGAAGCGUGUCCAAGGAAUAUGUGAAGAGGGCAUUGACAUCUGUGAUGAACUGGCAAAAUAUGCACCAGUGGGGAAAUGUGAAGAAGCUAAAACAAAGCAGCUGAUCCAGAAAAUCAGAAAACUGACUGAUUCAGCUCGAGCUUUUGACUCCAAGAGCAAAGAUGUUACAAAAUCUCCUUCUCUGACUCCAAAACCACCAAUGAUGAGUAAAGAAGAGAGUCAAUCUGAGAAGAAAAGUGCUUCAGAAAGGGCAUCAGAGAAUGCCAGAUUCCGCAUAGAGCAGAGCCGAGCUCAGUUGAAGGAAACCAGAGGAUCCUAUGAGAAGAGUGUUGAGAACAUGGAGAAGAACCAAAAGGAACUGACUGAAAUCCUGAUCAGCAUGAGAAACUGUGAAGUCAAAGAGAUAGACUUCAACACCACCAUAAAGAUGCUGGUAAAAGGGAUGGAUGCGAUGGGGAGGGUGAAGGAGCAGUGGGAAAAGAUGGUGCGGUUCUUUUCCAUGGUGUCCAACAUUGUGAAAACCAGUCUGACCAGAACUCUCAAAGAUUUCGUGUCCACAUCUGAGAAGACUCAAUCUCUCUCCUACAACUCAAAACUCUUCUCAAAAGAUCUGCUCUACAAUCAAGCCUUUCAGGCCACUAACAUCGCCAGCCUCGUCCACAUGAUCUCAGCAACCUACACUGACGUCUCUGAGAAGUAUCUGAUGGAUCGGGUCAGCUCACUGGGAAAACUUUUGACCAUGGAUAAGGAAAAUCCAGAGUUUGAACAGGAACGUCGUCAGCUUCAGGACUCCUGUGAUGAAGCUCAGAAAGCCAUUUUGCGUCUCGUCCUGAAAAAUAAGGAAGAGUUUGAAAGAAAGACCAACGCAAGACUGGAGAAGAUCGAUAAAGAGCUGCUGGCUAUUCUUCCUGAAGCUGCUCCAGAAGAGAUGAAGAGUAUUCAAGCAGCUGUUAAGAGUGGAUUCACAGAGGAAGAAGAAGAUGAUUAUGCCUGAGGUUUAUGUGGAAAAGGCAUCCUGAUUUAAUUUUUAAAAUUACACGGAUACUGAUGAUGGCUUUUUUGCUUUGGCGUUUCACACAUUAAUUUUGCUUAAAUACAUAAUUUUCUUUGCUAAUGUCCACCAUCUCGGUUUUUCCUAUCAUUGUUUAUCUUUAUAAUUAAUUAUUUUUCAAAUUUACAAUUGUUAACUACCUAUAUCAGGUAUUGGAAAUUUAGAACUGAAAGUUGACAAGAAAAAUAAUUAAUUAAUAAAUAUAAUUAAUCUGUAUACAUAAACUGUUAAUGGUCCUGUUAAAUUUACAAAUGCAGAUUUCACUGUCAAUCCCUCUGUUUGCUUUUUAAUCAUGAUAAAUAAA